UGAAAUGAAGCAGAAAUUGGAUGAAGAGGGCAACAAGUGCAGCAUCCUUUCCAAGCAGCAGAAGUUCAAUGAGCACUGCUGCAUUCGCUGCUGUUCCCCUUUCACAUUUCUGAUCAACAGCAAGCGACAGUGCCAAGACUGCAAGUACAACAUCUGCAAGAGCUGCAGCACUUACCAGAAGAAGGAGAAGGCUUGGAUUUGCAGUGUCUGUCAGCAAGCAAGGCUCUUAAGGACCCAGUCUCUGGAUUGGUACUAUAAUAAUGUCAAAAGCCGCUUUAAGUGUUUUGGAAGUGCCAAGGUCCUGAAGAACUUGUACAGGAAGCAUAGACUGGAAAGUGGACUUUGUCCUGAUGCAAUAGCAGAAGGAAGUUUGUAUGAAGGAAGCUUUGAGAAUGAAGGAAGCAUUUGUGGCAGUGACUCUACCUUCUACCAACAGACAGAAGGACACAGCAUGAUGGAUACCCUUGCUGUGGCCUUACGUGUUGCAGAGGAAGCAGUGGAAGAAGCUAUUUCUAAGGCAGAGACCUACAGUGACAGCCUGGACAAGCAGAAUGAAGCUUGUUACUUGCAGGAGCACAAGGAAGACCUCAUAGAAGAACUGGCCACAACCAUUGUGCAGAAGAUUAUAAAGAAGCAGAAGAGCAAACCCGAGCAGGCAGAGGCCAACUUGGAAUGGCCGCCGUCGCGGAGCAGCGGCCUGGCAUCCGGCGCUGUCUCGGACCAGAGCAUGCUGACGUUCCCAGGGAGCCGCAGGGGCUCCUACACCUUGUGGAGGUCUCAGUCUGCAUUCUCCCUGGCUAGUGAAGAUAUGGCCAGUAAAGGACAAGACCCCGCAUCAUCUGUGGCCGAGGCUCUUGGGAGGCAGCAAAAGGGACAGUCCAGGAAGCAGAAGGAACGCAAGCACUCUGCUUUACCCAGCUGGAAGAGUGUAGACAGGCUAAAUGAAACAAGUGACCAAGCGCUGGAACAGGUUGCCCAGAGAUGCUGUGGAGUCCCCUUCACUGAAGAUAUUCAAGAACCUGGAUGCAAUCCUGUGCCAUGUGCAGGUCCGCCUUCUGUUUUCCAAAGCACCGAUGGAAACUGGGUGGCUUUGCAGAACGUCACCCUGCCUCGUCCUCGAAUGCUGGCCAAACCAAAGAGUCAGGUGUUCAAAGCUUUGGAGAACGAGUCCAGCAUUGUGUCUGCCUACGACGAGAUGGGCUCGGACAGCGAGGAUGACUAUGACUGGAACGUGGCCUUGAACAAGCUGCGGCGGAGACCCCGGCAAUUGCCAGACGACUUCUAUUACUCCAAUUCCCAGUAUGGCACCGAGUGGGUUUAUGGCAAUGAUCAGUACCAGGCAGUGACCUCCCCCUCCUCUGGGUUAUACACCAACACUGAGACACUGUUCUCUGAUUCGGAAACAUCUUCAGUAAACUCUUCCCAGGAAGCUAAAGGACCUAGCAAACUUCUCUGGUUGCAAGGCAGAACUCAAAGUGAUAUGCCCAGAAUGGAAAAGAAGCACUUCCAUGGAGAACUAGAUGUAAAUUUCAAUCCACAGGCAACUAGCUUGGAGUAUUCAGACAGCAGUGAGACUGAAGGAGUCCAUUAUGAUUUAGAAAAGAAAUCAAGAAGGUGGAAGAAGAACAAAGCCAUCUCUGAAGACUUAUGUGAAGAAAAGAAUCAGGCAAAAGCCAACAAGAUGAAUUUAAGUCAGGAUUUUGAUGAUUUAUCAGAAACAGAUGUAAGCAAUGAGGAUCAGCACCAUGAUGUCAAGCCUGAACUUAUGGAGAAUGAGCUUAAAUCCAGGUUAUUUCAGCUUGCUGCUAAAAUGAGUGACAAGGAAACAUCAUCUGGUGAUGAACAAGAGUCAGAACCUGGAAUAGAUCUGGAAAACCAGAAGGAGAGUUUGUCCUCAGAGGAAAAUGGCAGAAGUAUCCAGGAAGAGUUAAAGAAGAAGUACUCUGCUGUCUCUCUCUGCAACAUAUCUACAGAAGUCCUGAAAGUUAUCAAUGCCACUGAAGAGCUGAUAGCAGAAUCCACCGAUCCCUGCGACUUCCCAGACGACGUUCAGGACAGAGGGAGAGGAGCCCUCCCGCUGGGCACAGAUCCUGUCAGACUCGAUGAGCAGCUCACCACGCUGGAAGAAAAUGUGUACCUGACCGCCAGCACGGUGUAUGGGCUGGAGGGGCAGCUGAACAACCUGGAGGAUGCCGCACGCAAGAUCAACAGCGUUACUGAGGAGGCCGAGCUGGCUGAUCUGGAGGAUCAGGUGGCCACAGCAGCUGCCCAGGUUCAUCAUGCAGAGCUUCAGAUUUCAGAUAUUGAGAGCAGAAUAUCAGCUCUCACUGUUGCAGGCUUGAACGUGGCUCCCUGUGUUCGCCUGACAAGGAAACGGGAUCAAAAGCAAACAAACCAGAUGCAUACAAUAGACACAUCAAGACAGCAGAGGAGAAAACUUCCAGCUCCACCAGUAAAAGGUGAAAAAAUAGAUGGCUCUCCAGUUACCACUGUCAGAACGUUUAACAGAAACUUCAUGCUUCAAGGAUCUCUAACACAAAGAACGAAAGAAAGGAAAAGCACUGCCAAGGACUUAAUGGAGCCUGCUAUAGGAUCUGCUGUGAUGUACUAAACUUACUCUUCCCUACUGCCAAUAACACACUGCCUAAGGCUGUACACUAGAGUGCCUUUUCUUAACAGCCAUUGUGUAUGUCCAGCUGAAAAUGGACCCUCAAGAACCCACAGAGCCUCAGUUAUAGGGCUUCAUUUGGAUACCUCACUGAGAAAGCUGUCCAAGUCUUCAGCAUUGUGGUCCGCUACAGGAAACUCUGCCUUAAAGUUCUCAGAGGACUCUAGACAGGAUGCUAUGUUUCAAAAGCAAGGCUCCACAUUUUAAGAUGCACUUUUCUCCCUAUUGAUUGUACUAAAGUAUGUAGUCUUUCAACUGCAGUAUGUUUUUGUACACUCAAUCAGUCAUAAUUAUAGGCCAAUUAAUCUGCCAAAGCAGACCUGUGAUCCAUAUUUG